AUGCUAUUGUCAGAAUAUGACAUCGUUUAUGUUACUCAGAAAUCCGUCAAGGGAAGUGCGUUAGCAGAAUACCUAGCUCAUCAACCCAUCAGCGAUUAUCAGCCAAUGCAGCCCGAAUUUCCCGAUGAAGAUAUCAUGGCUCUAUUCAAGAAGGCAGACAAACGAGACGAAGAAACUGGACAUUAUUAUCGAUGGAGCCUCGAAUGUGUAUGGGGCUGGCAAGUGGCAUUUCUCAUCUCUCUAUAUCAAUCAGUCAUACCUAUGACAGCAAGGUUAUGUUUUAAUUGCACAAAUAACAUUGCAGAAUAUGAGGCCUGCGCUAUGGGUAUUCGGGCAGCAAUAGAGUCCAAAGUGAAAAUUCUGGAUGUGUAUGGAGAUUUAGCUUUAGUCAUCCACCAGUUGAAGGGAGAGUGGGAAACUAGGGAUGCAAAAUUAAUUCCUUACCAAGCUUACGUCAGGAGAUUAAUGGAGUAUUUCGACGCCAUCACAUUUAACCACAUACCGCGAGAAGAUAAUCAAUUAGCAAACACGUUGGCUACUUUGUCAUCAAUGUUUGAAGUUGACCAAGAUGCAGAAUUACCGAUGACUGAAAUGAAGAGCCAUGUAGAGCCAGCAUAUUGCCAUUUCAUCGAGGAUGAGGUAGAUGGUAAACCUUGGUAUUUUGAUAUCAAGCACUAUCUUAAGACCUGA